AUGACUUCCAGCACCGAACCCGAGUUGGAACAAGGUGGACCAGAUGGACACGAUGGCAGAAUGGGGGGAGGAUCUAAUGACAGUGUUCCGCGACCGAAGAGAAUCGCAUGCAUCCUAUGCAGAAAGAGGAAGUUAAAGUGUGAUGGCAACAAACCGAGCUGUGGUACGUGUUCGAGGCUCGACCACCAUUGCGAAUAUUCCGAAGAGCGCAAGAAGAGCGGUCCCAAAAGAGGUUAUGUCAAGUUGUUAGAGGCACGUCUCAAACAGGUGGAGAAUCUAUUGGAAUCAAAAGAUACACAAUCAGAACCGACGCCUCGAGUCGGGAAACAACCGCCGACUGUCCCCAUCACAGAGUCAUACACUUCAAUACCUUCGUUGGAUAUGCCAAAUAUGGGCAUGGGAGACACCCUCAUGUCCGAUAUGAUGCAAGAGGCGAAUUUCACAGAUCCAAUGUUUACAGAUCCCAAUCCUGGUGGCAUGCAAGACUUCACAAUGGAAGUCAACGGCGACUUCUCUUGGGAAAUGAUUGGCCUGGGCUUGGAGGAGGCUCUCCCGUCGCGCGAUGUGAUCGAUGAACUGAACGAAAUAUACUUCGAGAAGAUCCAUCCGUCAUUGCCAAUGAUUCACAAGGGCAGAUUCCUAGCCUCGAUGGAUCUUGCACCACAUAUGCGCCCAGCCGUCGCUCUGAGGUAUGCCAUGUGGACACAUGCCUGUGUCAUCACUCCCAAAUACGCUGCAUAUACGGAACAUUUCUACCAAAGAGCGCGGAAGUACGCCGAGGCCGAUGAAAUGCGCGGCCACGGUGAAGGCAUGAUAACGGUUGCACAUUGCCAGGCCUGGACACUACUAGCCUGCCACGAGUUCAAGCUGAUGUAUUUUCCGAGAGCAUGGAUGAGUAUUGGCAGAGCGUCUAGGCUGGCGCUGAUGAUGGGUUUGCACCGACUCGAUCGGGUUGGUCUGGACGUGAAACAAACCCUUCCUCCUCCUCGAGACUGGACCGACCGUGAAGAGCGGCGAAGAACUUUCUGGAUGGCAUACUGUCAGGACCGUUAUGCCAGUAUAGGAACGGGCUGGCCUAUGGUCAUCGAUGAGCAAGAUAUCCUCACCAAUCUACCCGCAAGUGAUGAAGCAUUCAACAGAUGUCAACCAGAAAAUAUAUUGCAACUAUCGGACAUUUUGAAAGGAGAAGGCGCUGGCCAACUGUCCUCCUUUGGCGGUGUCAUUCUUCUAUCUACUAUAUUCGGCCGUAAUCUUACACAUCUUCACCGACCUGACGAACAGGAGAACGAUCACGACCUGAACGGCGCUUUCUGGAAACGGCAUCGCUCUUUAGACAACAUCCUUCUCAACACGUCUCUGUCAUUGCCCGCCAAGCUUCGCCUACCUGCCGGUAUUAGUGAUCCCAAUACCAUCUUCCUCAACAUGAACAUCCAUACCGCCACCAUAUGUUUGCAUCAGGCUGCCAUAUUCAAGGCCGACAAGAACCGAUUGCCAGCUCAGAUCAGCGCAGAGUCUAAGCGCCGAUGCAUUGUUGCAGCCGAUCAAAUCACCAAUAUAAUGAAGAUGAUUAGUCAUGUGGAUAUGGCGCUGAUGAACCCGUUCAUCGCAUUCUGCCUCUACGUGGCAGCACGAGUAUUCGUGCAGUAUCUGAAAGCAAGAAGAGAGGAUACAGCAGUGAAAUCCUCGUUACAUUUCCUCCUUGCUGCGAUGCAAGUCCUGAAAACGAAAAAUCCAUUGACGGAAUCAUUCUUGGUCCAACUUGACGUGGAUCUGGAAGGAAGUGGACUUGAUAUUCCGACCAGUUAUUCACGUUGGAAGUUUGGUCGCAGACCCCCUGGUGAAUCGCCAGCCAACACCGACUCUUUGAAAUGCUCGCCAUUGUUCGAGAUUCGUCAGACUCAGAACACGCCUCAAAACAUAAACCCGAAUCCCAUGAAUGUCACCUUACCGAACGAGGCACAACUCAACAUACCGAUUGUGAAUACCAAUCAGUUGUAUUCCGGCAUUUAUGCCCCAGAGCCUGGAAAUGACGGAGCACAGCCGGGACAGUUUGCUGGUACCUCACUGAGUGACGCUUACGAAAACAUGUACAGUGCGAAUUUCCCCGCCGUGCAAUCGCUCGGCACAGACAAUUCGCCCGGGAAUUCAAACCAGGAAGGCCUCGGGUCUAGAUCGCAGUCUAACCACCCCACGCCAUCAACACUGUCUAACCACACUUCGCAUACUUCGUACACCUCACCUCCGAACCAGUCAGGAGGCAACAACAGUGCCAGUGGCUCACAGUCGCAGCAAUCGCCAUCGGGUUUCCCCUUCCCUAGCAAGGAAAGUUGGAGAAUUGCGACAAACCAGCCUGGUCCGGCUAUGAGCAAACCAACCCCGAACCUGGAUUUUACCAGUCCUGGUGCAACAUCAGGCCCAGCAGGCGUGACCAUGAAUUCGACUGGAAUGACACCUGGCAUGACGCCUGGAAUGGACUCAUUCUGGCCUGCAGAGGGCAUGGGAGACGGCAGUGAGUGGAUCUUCGGCUGGCCAGGAUCAACACCGCAGCCUAAUUGA